GGCAUUUAUUCUUGUUUCGGUUUUCGGCAUAUGACAGACUGUAAAUAGAAGGAGGUUGUCUAUGGUGCUUACUUGGAAUUUUGUAUUUUUGAUGCUGAAGCUUAACACAUCCACGCAUUUUCAAUGGAAGUAAUCAUGUAAACAUGUAAAUAUAUAUCAUUAUCAAUAUGCCUAGACCUGAUAUUAAGAGGUCGAGCGGGUUUUUUAAAGGUGUUCUUGAUGGUUUGAGAUCUUCUGUCAGUCAAAGAUCAGAAUAUUUCCCUGAUGAAAAUUUGCAACCUGAACUAUUUCGAAUUCUGAAGACUGUUCGCCAUGGUUUUCCAUUCCAGCCAACUGCCAUAGCAUUUGAUGCAGUUCAACAUAUUUUAGCUAUAGGUACAAAAAAUGGCUCUCUGAGAUUAUUUGGUCGGCCAGGGGUUGAUGCUUGUGUCCAGCACGAUAUUGAUUCUGCUAUUAUUCAAAUCUUAUUUUUAGUGAAUGAGGGGGCCUUAGUAACAGUUUGUGCGGAUGAUAGUGUCCAUCUUUGGAACAUUCGACAAAAACAACCAGAAAUUGUACAAACCAUCCGAUUUCAGAAAGAGAGGAUCACAUAUGCUUGCCUGCCAUUUCAUAGCAGAUGGUUGUAUGUUGGUACUGAGCGAGGAAAUGUUCAUAUAGUAAAUGUAGAAUCAUUUGUUCUCUCUGGUUAUGUAAUAAACUGGAAUAGAGCUGUAGAAAUCUCUAGAAAAUCUCAUCCUGGUGUUGUUAUACAUUUAAGUGACAAUCCUGUUGAUCCUAAUAAAUUGUUAAUAGGAUAUGAAAGUGGAACAGUUGUUUUGUGGGAUUUGAAAAACAAAGCUGCAGAUUGUAGAUUUCAAAGCAACGAGUCUUUGAAAAGUGCUUCAUGGCACCAUGAAGGAAGACAAUUCAUGUGCAGCUAUUCUGAUGGUAGUAUUAAGACAUGGAAUAUAAAAAAUUCUUCCAAACCGGAAUCUGUAAUGUUUCCUCAUGCUAAAUCUGUUAAAGAGGGAAAUCCAGAAAGUUGCCAGCAAAUCAGUAAAGUUGAAUGGAAAACUGCUCGUGGGAGUGAUUCAUUUAUUGCUUUUUCUGGUGGUAUGCCAUUAGACCAAGGAAAUUUGAAUCCAUGUGUUACAGUUAUUCAUGGGAAAACAACAACAGUUUUGGAGAUGGAACACAGCAUAAUAGACUUUGUAAUGCUGUGUGAAACUCCUUGGCCAAGUGACUAUCAAGAUCCAUAUGCCAUUGUUGUUUUACUCUAUAAUGAUCUUGUUGUCAUAGAUCUAACAAGCUCAGGGUAUCCAUGCUAUCAAAAUCCCUACCCUAUGGACUUACAUGAAUCACCUGUCACAAGUUGCACAUAUCUUGCUGAUUGCCCAAAUGAUCUUAUACCUGCUCUCUAUUCAACUGGCUCAAAAGGAAAGAAGAAUCAGAGCUUUUCAGAGAAGGAAUGGCCCAUUGAUGGUGGGGGAUGGGGAAUGUCUACCCAAAGUUAUCCUGAAGUCAUCAUUACUGGUCAUGCUGAUGGAUCUUUAAAAUUUUGGGAUGCAUCAUCUGUGUCUUUGCAAAUUUUAUACAAAUUGAAAAUUUCCCGAAUAUUUGAAAAGCCAAAAUUGUCAUCUGAUGGAGGUGAUGAUGAUCCAUUUGCAAUUGAGCAUGUUGCUUUUUGUUCAGAAUCCAGAACACUUUGUGUUGCUGAUGCUAGUUCACAUGUUAUAGUAUUUCAAUUUCAGCAACAAGAAUCUCAAACAGAAAUAACUGUUCUAGAAAUUCCAGUGUUUUAUGAAACAGAUGAAGAUCCAGAUAACCCAGAAGGUGAUGCUUCUUCCAGUCAAAAUGUAACUCCACAAGCAGAAGCUGCAAAAACGACUUGUGGGUAUUAUCCAACAAAAGUCAAGGCGAGUAAUUCAAAGAGAAAUCCAGGUUUCCAAGCUGACUUAGUUUGUUUAGCACCUGUAAUUAAUCGAGAUUCACCACAGCAUAUAACUGCCUUAACAGUCAAUACUACAAUUGGCUUGAUGUCUUAUGGCAGUGAAUAUGGGUUGACCAUUGUAGAUUUAGUUCAAAAGUGUUGUGUUGCUUGCAUGACUACAGCAGAUCUUUAUGGCUCCUCUGACCCUUAUCAAAGAGUUCCACGCUCACCCAAACGUACAAUGGUAAUGCUUGGAGAUAAUCCCUCUGAACAGGAUAAAUGUCGGUCUCCUACAGCUGAUCAAGUUAAUGGCAUGUGUCUUAGCCCAACCACUAGGAAACAUUUAUUACAAAGAAAACCUGCUUCAGCAGAGAUGCGGCGAACAAAAUCGCAAGGUAAGAUACAAGAUAAAAUUGACAACUCUUUCUCCAGAUCAAGAAGUUCUAGCAUGUCUAGCUUAGAAAACAUGAAUUCUGAAUCUGUACAAUGUUUAAUAUUUGCUGAAUCAUAUUGUAGGAAAUCAGAUUUUGUUACAGCCCCAACAUUAUGGGUUGGAACAAAUUUGGGAUCUGUUCUUGUGAUUCUUCUUACUCUUUCACCAGAAGAAGAUCAAAGAUACACUCAACCUGUUAUUGUUUCUCCUAGUGGUACAGUAUAUCGUCUGAAAGGAUCUAUUCUUUCCAUUACAUUCCUUGAUUCCACAGGAAUGGCACUUUCUCUUCAAUUUGAAUCAUGGAAAAUGGAUACUAAGUCAAAUACUGAUAAGGAAAAGAAAAAACUUUCUUUAAACAAUCAAUCUAAAAGCAAAGUUUCUCCAACCUCAUCAUCCGAUUCAUCUGAUGCUCAGUUGGUGCUUUUAUGCUCAGAGAAACAAGCUUUUGUGGUUACAGUACCUUCCCAGUCUUGCGUUCAAAAAAUUAACCUUGCUGAAACAUCAUUUGUAGUUAAAGCAGAAGUGAUCUUUUUAAAGGAACAUGAUAAAAUAUGUUUAGGAUGUUAUUCUGCCUCUGGAAAUUUAACUAUCUACAGCCUUCCAUCGCUUAAGAUUGUCUGCAAUGAUGAAUUUCUACCAUUAGCUGAUAUGCGAAUUGCGAGAACAUUUUGCUUUAGUAAAAAUGGGCAUGGAGUUUAUCUAUGUUCACCAACUGAACUUCAGAAGUUUUCAAUAUCAUCCAGUUACUGCAAUAAUUUACAAGAUAUGCUAGGAACACUUUUUAUCAAUAAAGAGAUUCCUGAAGCACCAAAGUUAAGUUUCUUUAAAGGACUUUUCACUACUGCUCCCAGCGUUAUAGAUCGUGAAGAAUUAUUUGGUGCAUCUAGUGGAAAACCAUCAAAAAAUGUAGCUAGCAGUGUACAUAUCAGUUCAAACACAGAACAAAUAAAAGGUCAAUCUGGAUCUCUUGGAUACGAGCUUGCUAAAGUGAAACAGAAUCUUGCUGAAAGGGGAGAAAAUCUUUCUCAACUUGAAGAAAGAACAGAAAAGAUGAUGUCUGAAGCUGAAAGUUUUCAGAGUGCUGCACGUCAAUUAGCUACUAAAUUCAAAGAUAAAAAGUGGUAUCAAUUUUGAAAUAUAUCAGCACUGGCAUUUAAUUCAUCAGGAUAUUUAAUCUCCUUAAAUGAUGCUAUUCACAAAGCUAAUGCAUCAUUCAUUCAACUGUUCAACCAUGAAAAGGUGCAGUGUGUAAAGUACAUAGCUGUUAAAUGUAUUAGGAGAUCAAUUUCGGAGGAAAUCUGUGUUUACUGUAUCAUAUAGAAAGAUCUAUUCUAAAACAUGUUUGUCAUAUGUACGGCGGCAUAAUGUUUAUCCCUAAGAAUAUUCUCCUCUACUUACCAUCAGGAAAAUUUCCUUUUUUGAAUUAAUUAUUUAAACACUGUCAAAGAUAUUUAAUAUAUUUCCCAUUGUAAUAAAUUGGUGUUACUUUUCAGUGUAAAAUUUCUAUCCACUGCCCUUUAAAUUUUUUCAUGUAACAUUUUUAUUUAAAAUACUUUAAAGCAAUAUUGAUUGAUUUUGUAAAGUGCUGUUCUAUUCUAAUAUGAUGAACUUCAGAAGAAUUAAGACUUGAUUUGAUACAUAGCUGUCAACUUUGCCAUUUUAUCUGCCAAAAUAUUUGAAAUUGUAAUGAAAAAAUUAUAUACACUAACAUACACUUAAUACACUUAAAUUUUAAUAGGACUUAAAAGUCACUGCAUGAUUGUCAUUAUCUUUAUAGAUAAAUUUGAUUUAUUUAUACCUGAUUCAUAGGAAUCUAAUGAAGCUUAGAUUCUUCUACUGUCUGUAAUGUUUGUAAAAACUAUUCUGCAAACUGUGGAAGAGUUGGCAGCUAUGUCAAUACAACAAACAGUUUUUACUCUGAAAUAUGUGGUUGCAAUUUAAGUACUGGUCCUUAGUGGAUGCUCUGCAUUUUAGCACAAACAAACUAUCACAAAAUGAAAAAGAAAAGAGGUUUAAAAAAUAGAAAUAGAGUCUGAAAGAAGAGGUAUAAUCAUCAAUAUCUUUUUUAUGCUAGUGAAGCUGCAUUAAUGUGUUAUUUAUUUGUAUUGAUUAAAAGUUGAGUAAUAUCAAGAAAUGACAAAUUACAACUUACUUAGAAAUGGCAUGACAUAUACAACGUCAAAUUGUAGGUUUUCAUAAUAUUAAAAAGUGUAAUUUAUGUUAAUUGUAUCAAUGCUCAAUAUUUUAUUAUUAGUUAAAGCAAAUUGAAGUUAUUGUUUUAAUGUACAUGAAUAAAGUGUUGCGUUUUA